AUGUGUUUUGGAACCAUUGAAGAUGCAAAUCGAUUUUAUCAAAAUUAUGCCAAGCGCGUUGGUUUUGUUACUAAGAUAAGGUUUAUCCGAAGAGUUGGUAAAGAUAAGGUUCCUAAGAAUCAAAUGAUCACUUGCAAUAGGGAGGGGAAACACAAGUCUAUAGUUUCACCAAUAGAAAAGACCAACCCUAGAACCAACUACAAUUGCCCCGCAAGGAUUUCUAUUAGGUUGAAUAAGGAGGGUCUUUGGAUUAUAUCGAAGAGAGAUGAGUAUGUGUGUCGAGUCAUUGAGAGGAAUGAUGAAGUAGGUGUGAGACCAAGCAAAACAUAUCAAGUAUUGGUGGGUGAAGCGGGGGGUUUCUCUAAGAUAAACUUAAUGGAAAAAGAUGUUAGGAACUAUCUCAUCAGAAAGGUACGCAAUGUUACGAAAGAAAUGGAUGCUAGGGAGAUGUUGAAGGAUUUUACACGGAUGAAGGAUAUGAACUCUGAUUUUUAUUUUGAUGUUGAACUUGAUCAAAACAAGCGUCUCAAAACUAUAUUUUGGGCUGAUGCUCGAAGUAGAGCAGCAUAUGAGUACUUUGGUGAUGUAGUUUCAUUUGAUACUACUUAUAAAACCAAUCGUUACGAUAUGCCAUUUGGUUCCUUUGUGGGGGUUAAUCACCAUGGUAACUCAGUGUUUCUUGGGUGUGGUUUGUUGACUAAGGAAAAUUCAGGCUCGUUUACUUGGUUAUUUAAUGCUUGGCUUACAUGUAUGCAUGGAAAGGCUCCUAAAGGCAUUAUAACAGACCAAUGCCUCGGAAUACGAGCUGGAAUUGAGAAUGUGAUGCCAAAGACAUGUCAUAGGUUAUGCAUUUGGCACAUUACAAAAAAGAUUCCAGAAAAAUUCAAAAGACACAAGAGAUAUGAAGAGUUACAAAGUGAUUUAAAUAAUAUUGUUUGGGAGUCUAUUUCAGAAGAUGAUUUUCAAAAUCAAUGGGAAGAUUUUCUGAUUGAAUAUGGUCUAGAAGAUAACAAGUGGCUAUCAGGUACUUCUCUAAACAUGAAUUUUUAUAUUUUGCACAUAUUAGCAUAUUAG